UUAUAGAACAUAGCAUUGUAAAAACAAUAUUACACAUAAGCAGAACGUUUAAAAUUAAUAUUUUUAAUCAUCUGAGCCAAAAAUGUCAGAAACUAGCUCCAAGGAGAAUGUUAAGACCGCAAUGACAUACAUCUGUGGUGAAUGUCAUCAUGAGAACGAGAUGCGUCCACGUGAUCCCAUACGUUGCCGCGAGUGUGGCUACCGCAUCAUGUACAAGAAGCGCACCAAGCGUCUUGUUGUCUUUGAUGCACGAUAAGGUUGUCUGUAUAUGGAUAUGAAAACUAUCUUAGAAUUUAGCUUGUAAUUGAAAACGUAUAUAUUGAUAAAUAUAAGGGUUUGUAAUCAGAAAAUAUGUAUUUUUUGUA